GUGCAUUCAUCUGAAGUCGGAGCGUUAGUGUAGAAAGUAAACAAAAUGCCCGCCAUUGUUUUAGAAAAGCCGAAACUCAGCAGACCUAUGUGGAAUUCAUUAAAAUCACACAUAAUCAGAGAGAGACAAAGGAAAAAGCAAGAACAAGAAGCUGAUGCUGAGGUCGAGCGACAGCGAAGAGAAAGAGAAGAUCAGCAAAAAGAACAAGAGAUGACUUUAGAAGAAACUAAGGAACAAGUUGCUCAGUCAGAAUCCAGGCUUUCUCAACUGAAAGAGGAUAAGCAUCAAUUAUUUCUGCAACUCAAAAAAGUUCUAAAUGAGGAUGAUACGAGAAGAAAAAUCAAAGAAUCCAGUUUCAACAGUGAUAUGAUGCUGUUUCAUCCCUAUCCAUCUGGAGCUCCAUUAGUGCAUCCAAACACCCAUGGUUCUGUGUACAUGCAUCCUAAUCUUGGGGCUUCAAGGCCAGUAUUUAAUGGAGGGAAGGAAGAAAGCAUUUUGAAUUUGCAAGGAGUGCCUCCUUCAUCACUUUAUGGACAAGCAAUCAAUAUGGUUCCUUCUCUUGGACAUCAAAGUCAAACAAAUCAGAAGAGACCUCGUAGUCCAUCCCCACCACCACCACAGCUGUAUCAUUCUUACAAGCCACCAGCCCUUUCCCCAUACAAUUCAAAGAGUAUAGGUAGUCCCUAUGGAGGGAGCCCUGCAGUUCCAGGCAGCAUCUUUUACACUCACUCAGUUUCUGUAAGUGCUGCCCAUAGCGCAGCCAGUGCUGGUUACCAACUUCCUCCAGGAUCCAUGUACAGCUAUCCCAACCACUCGGGUUCUUCUCGCCCAACAUAUUCUGUUCAGACUCCCGCAUCAUCGAAAGAUGAUGGUAAGCACCAUGCAACUGUUUAUGUAGGACAAGGAAAUGUGCUAUCUCAGAAUGCUCAAAGAAGCAUCCCAACAAGAAAUUCUGGCCCAUCUUUGAAUCAAGGAUAUCACCAGCCAAUUGAACAUAUGAUAAACAAAAAUUCUAAUGCUUACGGAACUACCGAACAAGAGAAGAUUUUCAUUUCUCCUUCUCUUGGUUCUAGUCCAAAUGUAUCCACGAAUGUCAAUUCUGUUUCGGCAGGAGGGUUGCGGCCUCAUACUGGGUUGUUAACUCCAAUUUCGUUACCUGGUGCCUCACAUCCUUCUGGAAUUCCUAUUCAGCAGCAAAACCAUGCAUCGAAGAGCGGUAGCAUCAUAACAGGAAACCCGUUACGACCUCCGACCUCAGCUGGCUAUCACUCUGCUAUACCUGCUUCCAAUGCGCAAAAUAAUCGUCUAGUGAAUACACAGAGUGGAGGCCAAACCUGUCAUCCUACCCGUUAUUACGGAAAUUCGAGUUGAGAAGGAAAUUUCUGCAACAAAACCUGCACUAAACAACUAACAAUCGACCGUAUGAUUAUUGUUUACUCCAUGUAAUGUUGCUUUUCUUCGGUUUAUUACAUUCCUUUAUAACUUCAA